AUGCCUAGGGUUUUAGUCACCACCCAUUCACCUCUGCUUCUUCUUCAACUCGUAGAGAGAGAAAGCUCUCAGAACGUGAGGGAAAAUGCCGGCCGGUCAUGGUGUGAGAGCGAGAACAAGGGAUCUCUUUGCCAGGGGAUUCAGAAAGAAGGGUUACAUCCCAUUAUUGACCUAUCUUAGAACUUACAAGAUCGGUGAUUAUGUUGACGUCAAGGUUAAUGGCGCCGUUCACAAGGGAAUGCCCCACAAGUUCUACCAUGGUCGCACUGGCCGCGUUUGGAACGUCACCAAACGCGCCAUCGGUGUCGAGGUCAACAAGCAGGUGGGUAACAGGAUAAUUAGGAAGAGGAUCCAUGUUCGUGUGGAGCAUGUGCAGCCAUCCAGGUGUACCGAGGAACUCAAGCUGAGGAAGAAGAAGAAUGAUGAACUCAAGGCUGAAGCAAAGGCCAGGGGUGAGGUCAUCAGUACAAAGAGACAACCAGAGGGCCCUAAACCAGGUUUCAUGGUGGAAUGUGCAACAUUGGAAACCGUCACACCCAUUCCAUAUGAUGUUGUUAACGAUCUGAAGGGAGGUUACUAGGUUGUUUUCCUUGCUUUGUUCUUGCUGUUUUUGUUAUUCGGUGGAUAACAUUUUGAGAACUAAAUCAGCUUAUUUGGAUGCAUUUUCAUCCGAAAUAGUCUUUUAUUAUUAUUGUUUUUUGAAGAGGUACUGCACCACUAGAGAUGUUUAUUUAAUCACUUUUUACAUUAGAAACAAGGAUGCUUUGAAUUCCAAGUUAA